AUGUCAUGCCGCAAUAUAUCACAAAGCCAGUCUUCGAAACCCAGUUUUGCUUCAUAUCGCAAGCCAUGUAGUCCUGCAAUGAUGAUGUCCUUCAACAAAAUACAAAAGCUCAGCAAGGAUUCAUCGGAGUUCAUCAAACAAAUCUACAGUAACCUCUCCAAAACGACUCCCCUUCUUGCUGCUGGUGAGACUGAUUCACGAAUCCCUUCCACUUGCCUCUACACACGAAAUGAAAGAAGUCGGGUGGAAGGUAUUCGUAGAUUGGUCCCACCGGAUACCGCUGGAGGGUUGACUUGGACUUUGUCUGUUGAAGACCUCGGCUCACCGUCCCCCGUCCCCCCCAGAGUACUCCGUGCUGGGCUUUCAUACUUCAUGUGA